AUGCAAAGCUUUCUCAGUACAAGUACAAAUCCUGCAGUCGCACACCUAUUUUCAGGCGCAGGUGCUGCUCAUACAGAUCCCAAUAAGGUAUGGAUUCUGUACGAGUUUAAAAUUGAGACACAUUUAAACCACACCAAACCUUAUGCUCGAAUUAGUCAUCUAAGUGACUAUAAAGAUGAGGAUGAAGUUCUAAUUGGGCUUGGUGCAGUUUUUCGUAUUGAUAGUAUACGAUUCGAUGAUGUAAAUCAACGCUGGCAUGCCCUAUUAAGUUUAUGCGACGAUGAAAGUUUCGAUUUGUAUGGUAUAAUGCAACAGUAUGCAGCCGAAAUUAUUGCGAAUAAAGUUUCACCUGGCUUUUUACUUUAUCAACAAGGAAAUUAUGUUAAAGCUCGAGAAUAUUUUCAAAAACUGUUAACCAUUACAUCGUUAGAGGACCGUGAGAAAGCUCAUUGUUAUCGUGGACUGGGUGCAGUAGCAGCAGAAGAAAACAAUUAUGAUGAAGCAUACAAGAACUUUACAAAAGAAUUUAAUAUAUGGCAGAAACUCAACGACGAAACAAAUAGUAUGGAAGCACGUAAAAAUAUUGGAGAUAUGCUAUUUAAUAUGGGAAAAUAUAAAGAAGCAUUGGAAUAUCUUCAAGUGGCAGGCCUCUAUUUUAGAUUAAAUGAUUAUAAGAUGGAAUAUGCUCGCAUCUAUGGUAUGAUUGGACAUAUUAUGAGUGUUAAUGAACAAUGGGAUAAUUGUCUGAUGUGUUAUGAACUACAAUUGGAUGUGAGAGAACAAAUAUUAGAUCAAAAUCAUGAAGAUAUUGGGAUUACUCAUGCAAACAUUGGUGUUGCUUAUUGUAGAAUGAAGAAAUAUGAAAAGGCAAUUGAGCAUUUUAGACAAGCACUAGAUAUUUAUAGGCAUUCAUGUCAACCGGAUCAUCCCAAUGUUCUUAAGGCUGAAGAAAACUUACGGAAUGCAAUCGAUUUGUUAAAUAAAGGACAAUAA